AUGUCUAAUACAACAUCAUCUCCAUCUACGGUUAAUAUCGGAGCUGCGCAAUUAAAUCAGGCAGCAUCAUUAAGUGUAUUGGUUUUAUCAUUUAUCAGUGUAAUUCCAGGUGGAAUUGGCUUGAUAUUCAACAUUUUAAUUUUCACUCGGCCAGUAUUACGAAAUGAAGCAUGUAUAGUUUAUUUCUUCUCCUCGACAUGUUACAGCAUAUUCAUCGUCUUAAUUAUGCAACCAGUCCGUGUUGUAGCAGCUAGUUUCAAUCUAGACCUAGCCAAUUAUAAUCUUGGAAUAUGCAAGAUUCAAUGGUAUGCAUUAUAUGGCACGCGAGCCAUCGCCUCGUGGCUAAUUGUUUUAGCUUGUCUCGAUCGAUUUUUUCAUAGUUCAUCGAACGCAUGUGUUCGUCAUUUGAGCUCAUUAAAAUUAGCCAAAGUCGCUGUUAUUAUCAGUAGUAUGAUCAUCUAUAUAUCAUAUAGUCAUAUGAUCGUUUAUUACGAGAUUACGCAUAGUCUUGAUCGAUUCGGAAAUAUUUCACCCUCAUGCGGAGCACAACAAGGAACUUAUCGAACAUUCUUUGGUUUCUGGAAUAUGGUUAUGUAUUCACUGUGUCCGUGUGCGCUGAUGUUCUUGUUUGGUAUGUUGACAUUGAAGAACGUUCGUCGACAUCGGUUUGUAAUGCCAGUGAUAACUGAAGCGAAUCGAGCAGCUCGUCGAACAGAUGCGCAAAUUCUGCGUAUGUUAACUGCGCAAGUGUUCGUGACAAUUCUAUUUACAUUACCUACGGCGUUCAAUGAUUUAUACGCAUCUUUUACGAGGAGUUGGGUAAGGAAUACAUAUGAAGUGGCUCAAUUAAAUUUAUUAGGCCGAGUUACAGGUAUUAUACCGUAUUUCGCACAUUCAAGUACGUUUUAUUUGUAUACGCUGACGGGUACAAUUUUUCGUCGGGAAUUAGUCAAGAUUUUUCGACGAUGGCUUCAUCAGAGUCAAAAUAUCUUUAUUACAACUCAAAACACAGAAGCCCAUUAG